AGAGAGCACGCGCGUGAAAGAGCUGUACAUCGCACGCACUAUACUCUUUUCGGUUUGGCUUUGCUUUGCGCCUCAAAGUCCGGGAAUCGAGGGAAGAGAGAGAGAGAGAGACUCCGAGCUGUCCUAUAUAUGUAUCACUGCACGGGGGGAAGGGGUUGCGGAAAGGAAGUCGGUGUAUAUAAUGUGCACAUGCGUAUACAUUACGACUCGCGGCUGCACAUCAAAGCGAACGGAGGAAUAAAGAGUACCUGAUAGUCGCCUGCAUACAGCGCAUAAUCAUCGCACGCGAAGGGAAAUAAUAAUAAAAUUAAGUAUCGCAUAGACAGAUAGAGGGAAGACUCGCAGUCGCGCCGUAUACAGCACGUAUAUAUGUAUAUCGGCGGCAGUGUUCGCAUCAUCAGAGUCAGAGUAUAGCUAGUCGAGCGGCAGCAGGCAGCCGAUGUAGUCGUAGCGGUUCUUUUUUUGAAUUUUCGUACGCGCGCGAGGGCCGCGCAGAUCGUGGUGUGUGUGUGUGUGUGUGCUUAUACGUGAGCUGUAUCGAGAGAGAUCCGCACCUCGCUCUCUUUCUCUCUCUCUCUCUCUCUCUUCAGCUCAGUCUUCGCUUCGCGACACAUAUACCUAUAUAUACAGUGCACAGCUGCCGAAUCAUCGCCAGAUACCUCACGUCCGCGUACUUGAGAGCCGACAAGACUGUGUGCGCGCGCGGGGAGUGUCUUUGCUCGCCGUAUAUACAGGUUUGCACGCAGCGGUGACUCUUCGCUUCCUCGCGUCUUACUCGUACACGCAGAGAGCGGGAAGUGCAGUGGAAAAUUCGACCGUCCAGCCAGGCAGCCAAGUGUCGAGAGGGAAAACUGCGGUGCAGCGGUGCGAGUGUGAGUGUUUGCGUUGUCCGUGUGCGCCGCCGCAGCCGCCGGUUGACAGCAACAGAGCAGCAGCCAACGAACGAACGAACGAACGAGUAGAAUAUAUAGGAUAUACGGAGAGGAAGAGAGGAAGAGGAGAAAGAGAGAAAGAGCAGGUAGCCAGGUCGGCUCAGGGCAGACACGAUGGUCAUCAAAAUCUACGUAUCGGGGAUCAGCGGUAACAAGGAAGUUAAGAAGAGGCAGCAGAGGGUCUUGAUGAUUCUGGAGAGCAAAAAUGUAACGUAUGAGGUGAUAGACAUCACUGAGCCUGGUAAGGAGGCUGAAAAAGAGUAUAUGCAACUCAAUAGCGUAGCUAAGGAUAGUAAAUAUCCACUGCCUCCUCAGAUAUUCAAUGAUGAGGACUAUUGCGGAGACUACGAAGAUUUUGAUGAAGCUAAUGAGAUGGAUGAGCUUGAAAAAUUCCUGAAAGGGUCUUCCAUAAGUAGUAUUGAAAACACAGAAAACAAGUCGCAAUCUAAUGAUGUUCAACAGAACGGCAAUGCUUCUAGUCGAGAGCCUUCCAUUGAUAAAGAUGCUUCCAUAGGAGGAGAAGAUGGUACGGAAGAAAAAAGACCAUCUGAGACUGAAAAUGAAAAGCUUUCUGAAAAUAUAAAACGUUCUGGGUCUGAUACCGAGAUUAAAGACUUAUCUGAAGAUGAUUUAGGUCUUGAAAAGGAUGAGGGUGAUGAUGAGAAAAAGGAGGAUGAUGCUUCCCAAGAUCAACAAGAAAAUGAUGAUGAAUAGGCAUGCAACCCUUCCAUUAAGGAAUCAUGUUAUAUAUUAAAUUCAGUGCGACCAACACUUCCUUUAUAAAUGAUUUAUUUCAUUUUUGUAAAGUCGCCUUUUUUCAAGAUGAUGAGGUAAAACUGCCAGCAAUACGUCCAUGCGAAUUUGAGAGUUGAUGUAGCUUGCUGAUUGCACUUCUCCAAGUGCUAUUAUCGAGUAAUUUUGUAUGCUGUCAACUUGAAAACAAGUCCAAACAUACUCGCUUAGUUUUUACUUUCAUAAUUUUUCAUUUCGUUAGAUCUAUGAGAUAUUAAACAGAGAAAAUUAUAUUUUGUGCUCUUAUGUUGCAGUUAAAACAAUUGUACAUAUGAAUUUAAUUCUAUACUACUAAAAAAUUUAUUGAAACAGAUUUAUUUGUAAAAAUCAGUUGGAUAGCUUAAAGCAAAUUGUAUUUGAAACAAGUUACAAGAGACUGCUAGCUUAUAGCAAGAAUAAAUGUUAAAAUGUACAUUCCUGCAGCUUAAAGUUGUCCUUGCCUAAUAUGAUUUAUUUCGACUUGAAAUUUUAAAGAUAAAAGUGUCUUAAGAUUAAUCUUGUAAAAAUGAGAUAGGGAAUCAAACAAGUUUUAAAGAAAUAAAUAGGUAUCUUAUAUUUGCAGAAAAAACAUGUUUUACAUUACGUUUCUAAACAUUUGAAUUGCAUAACAUAAAAAUAAACGUAUUUUAAUUUUAACAACAAACUCAGAUCAGUACUAUAUUAUAACAACUACAUUUUCACUAUCAGUCUAAGACAAUUUGUCAAAUUUCUUCCUUUCAUACUUGGGUAACUUUAUAAUGAAAAAAUAUAUUUAAUUACUAGUAAUAUAUUGAGCUUUGGUAUUGAGAAUUUAAGAGCUAUAUUGCGUCCAUUCACUUUUGAUCACAAGUUGAGAUUCCUUUCAAUAAAAAUAGUUAAUAUAUUUUAGGAAUGCUUGAAAACACUACGCUCUAAUUUGAACGCAUAUAUUUGUCUUCCGCAUCUUUGUCAAUUUCUUUGUGAGAUGAAAAUGUCAGUCUAUCAAUUUCUUCAUUACACCACGUUCUGUACAGCCUGAAAUUAACAACAUCGUCAAUGCUUUUUCAAGAUUAAGUAUAUCAAACUACUAAAUUUCAUUUUAUAUUAAAUCAUAAGAAAAUUUAUCGAUAUUUUUUCAUUUGCUUUAAAAGUUACUAAAGAGUGAUAAAUAAACUAGAUAUUUUUGUAACAUAACAUUUGUUUUUAAAUAAUGCACAAUAUAACACGAUUUAUAAUAUCAUUUAUUUAUAUUUUUUUUUUUUGGCAAAUUUUUUAGUUACAACAUUCUAAUUUUAAAAACGCCUCUAAAUUUAAAUUUAGUUUUAAGGAGAUUAUGUUAACUUAAUCUAUUUCAGGAAAUCGAAUCAAUUCUAAAUGAUAUUGAAUUUCUAUAGUUUCUGUAGUAAGCAAACAAAUUUUCUAUUUUUUAGCCAAAGUAAUUUAAAUUGAAAUAGGAUUUGAUUUCCUGGCCUAUGGUACAUUGAUCUUGCGAAUACGAAAUUCUUAAACUAUAUAUUUACAAAAAUAUGUUUUCUUGAAUUUUAUUAGUUUUACAAUCUUGAUUUAUUGUUAAAAUUUUUGUUUCUCUCAAUAAAAUGAGUCAUUAAUAAAA